AGUAUAUAAAGACCGGAGACUGAAUGAGGAAAACCAUCAGUGAACACUGACUCUCUUACAAGAUUCAACAUCAUCUCAAGUGAAGUGAUCCGCACAACAUGAAAUUCCUUCUGGUCGCCCUUAUUGGUGUAGUGGCUUUUGCUGCUGGCCAGCCCGUCGAUGAAGCAGCUGCUCCGGCUGCUGUUGUUCCGGUUGACGAAGCAUCCGUCAUAGCUGUUGCUGAGGCUAAUCCCGACCAGGAGACCAUGGAGGCCAGUGGAUCAGCUUUGAAAAUUAUCGAGCACAAAUUGGAACAUUGGUUGAAGAAAUGCUACAAAAAGGGAGGUUGCGGCUCGACUGGUUACGGAUACGGAGGACACGGAGGUGUCCGUCCUGUUCCUGUUCCUGUUCCUGUUUAUACGCCCGUCCCAGUUUAUACCCCUCCUUAUCUCGGCAGCUAUGGAUCAGGGUACGGGUCAUCUUACGGUGGAGCUGGAGCCUAUGGAUCAGGAUCUUAUGGCUCUUAUGGAUCUUAUGGCGGUGGCUAUGGAUCAGGUUAUGGAUCGUCUUACGGUGGAUUAUACGGUGCCUCACCAUACGGCGCAGGUUACGGGCUCGGCGGACUGGGUGGAUACGGGUACGGAUAUUGAAAAUGUCCCGACUAAUUAACUUAUACAAAUUUCUUGUGCCACCACCCAACUUGUACAUUUUAUCAACGCUAAUACAUUUUUUGACUUCAA